UAAAUUCUGCACCACAUUGCUCCUGUUAGUAAUCAGCCAUGAAGCUCCUGAGUGUCUACAUCCUGCCCGUGCUGGUGGCCCUGUCCUUGGCAGGUUGCCCCCUGCCUGCUGAAGUCAAAGAUGAUGAAGGCAACAAGCUGUGUGCCCGCCUGUUCGCGGACAGCAAUGUCUACUAUGAAGACAGCUGUGCCGGAGAUUACCUGGAUGUCAAGCCUGGCCAGGAUGUGCCUUAUAUUGCCCUGAGGUUCAACAACCGCAUCUCCUCAUUGGUCGUGGCUACCCGAUGUGAGCUGACUGUCUGGUCCAAAAAGCCAAAAGAUGGUGUCACUAAGAAGUUCAACAGUGGGUCUUAUCCACGGCUAGAAGAGGUCAAGAAAGGGCUCCUUGGGACCUGGAAUGACUCCAUCUCUUCCUAUUAUUGCAAAUGUAGCUGAGAGAACAGAGGAAGUCUACAGAACCUUCUGGGACAAGAAGAGCCCCUAAGAAGGCAUGAAGGUCCACCAUCCAGCUGCCUCCUGUAUGAUGAUAACCAUCCUUUGAAUCUUCAAAUAAAUCCUCUGAAAAUUCUGAA